AAAAGGCAUCACGAAAGCACUACGAACUGGUUGAUUAUUAUGGAGCGAUGACAACAUUAUCUAUCUUAUACUUCCAUGCCCGCCCUAAGAAAUCCCUAUAUGAGCGUUUCACUAGUACUCAAGGCAAGCCGCCAAGGAAACAGGAAACAAAGAGCAGGACAGAGAAUCUUCUUGUUGUAGCGGUGCUUGUUGUUGGUGUAACCUUUGCGGGAGCUAUACAGAUGCCACAAUUAAGGGAUAAAAAUAACUCGAGUGAGCAUCUUCAAGAAUUUAACAGCACUGCUACUGCCUCCCGGAACAGCACUGCCUUGGACAGUCCUACUGGUUCAUCUCUUUUGGAUGGUUAUUUAUGUCUUGAUGUGUGGGCUUUAAAUACCUCUGUGGUGGCAGCUAUAAUCCUUCUUUGGACAAACUUGAAUGAUGUCAAGUUUGCACCAUUUGCACUUUGGUUUUCAUCCUUAAUGGUGGGUGGGUCUAUUUACAUGAUGUGUUUGUCAUUCUUUUUUGCCGUGAGCAUAGCAUUAGGUGGAUCCAAUUAUGGGGUGUUCGCGAUCAUCAUUAUAGUGGUUGGGAUCGCGUUUUUCGUUGCUCAAACAUUGCUUUAUAUUCAAUGGAUUCUUCCACCAUCCGUCAACCAAAUUAUUGAAGGAUUGAUCUCGUAUUAUGUCUACUAAAUCUCGUUUUUCGUGCUUGUCUACAGUUGGAGGUGGCUGACUGAUAAACUUCCUGAUCUCCGUAGAAAGAAAAGUAACUAUCCAGGUUGAUCUUCAUCAAGAGACGUCAGGAUUCUGAGGGAUUGCCCUCUUUUAAAAGGUUAUUUUUGGGAUGAAUAAACAUCUUGGAAUAUUGUGUGUGCCUAGCUAUUGAAAUAAUGAAUUGAAUGUGU